AUGGGUUUCAAUGCCAUGAACGCGAUGAUCAACUCCACAGGCAACUACGGUUUCAUAGGAUUCCUGAACACCAUGGAGAACUUGUCGCUACUGGACGGGCGCUUCUACGAAUGGCUGGGAAUCCCUGCUGCGGCGACAGACCUGCGGGUCCCACUGGUCCCGCUGCCGCUGCGGAUGCUGGCGGCAGUGGCUGCGGGCCUCUACGUGAUUCUGUCGCUCUUGCCCCUGGCGCGUGCCAGCAAGGGCGCGGUGGAUUUGGCGGCGCUGCUGCCGCGGAGCCUUUGCCGCAGCCUGGAGAACCUGGAGAAGUGGCAGCACCCUUGGAAGCUGGUGAACUACCAAGGCAAGUUCUCGGGCAUGCAUGACUUCCGCUGGGAGCCCAUCUUAUCCGCGUCCUUGGACGGGGUCCACUGGCAGCAGAUUCGGUGGCGCUACAAGCUGAACCAGGGCCCACGUUACCAUGACUUGUAA